AUGAACGUUCUUUAUGAUUUCCAUAGGUAUUGGUGCACAUAUGGACCAAAGGACUACAAGAAAAAAGAUGCAAAGCCUUUUGAUCCUUCUUCAAUUCCCAAAUCAGGGAAAGGUAGUAGACCUGGUCGAGUACAUACACAUCAUGGUUUUACUUGUCAUUUUAGCACACGAAUCAUGGUUUGUAAGCCAAACCAUGUAUUGAUAUGGUACUACCAAGUUCAACAUGUGGACAAGGAAGGCAUACCUUGUCAUGGUCAAGUGAACAACGAGUUUUUGGGAAUGAGGUCUUUCUUUGCACCAUACAUUAGUGAGCAAUUGCAUCAAUGUGUGGAGUCAUUACUUUUGCUUGGCAUGCCCGUAGAUGCAGUGCAUAAAAAACAUAAGCAAAUGGUGCAUGAGAAAAUGACCAUAUUUGAGGGUCAAUCUUCUAGGGAUAAUUUUCUCACCAUGGAUGGUAUUGCAAACAUUGAUAGCAAAAUUAAGACAUUAAGAUACAUGUUUCAUAGUAUUGAUGUUAUUUCAGUGCAACAAUGGGUUUUAGCAAACACCGAAAAGUGGUUUGCAUAUCAGGAGUAUAGUGCCAUUGAUGAUGGAGAUGGGGAAGUCCCAUUUGUACUAGGGAUUGAUCAAUUGCCAAAACAACUUGAGUGGAUGCUUCAAUAUGGCCACAACAAUAUAUUGGCCAUGGAUUCUACAUUUGGUACAAAUGCGAUGAAGUUUCAAUUGUAUACAAUGCUUAUAUUCGAUUCCAAGCAUAUGGGUGUUCCCGUGGCAUGGGUCAUUAUGUCUAGGUCUUAUGCUCAUGAUAUUGCAUAUUGGAUGCACAUUCUUCUCCAACGGGUUCACAUGAAGAAUAUUGAGUGGAGUCUAAACGCAUUCAUGGUGGAUGAUGCAGGUGCUGAGAUAAAAGCGAUCAGACGUGCGUGGCUAAAGAACUUGAUUGCAAAGGUCAAAGAGAUUGCAGUUAGACAAGAGAUGUUUGAUAGACUUGGAUUUAUCAUGCAUCAUUCAAUGGAUGAAGAUUCAGCAAGGAAUGCAAUUCAUAUAUUUAUUGAAGACUUUAAAGAUACACAACUCUCAUUCAUUGAGUAUUUUAAGGGAAGAUGGUCCAAUAGAUUCAUUAUGUGGGCUAGAUGUUUUCAUACACUAAAGCAUGCAAGGCAGGAGACAAAUGGUACCAUAGAGUCCUACUACUCACACCUAAAGAGACGAUUCUUGAAAACAAUCGAGCGUGCUACAAGUCGUCGUGUUGAUUGGUUGGUACAUCAGCUAACAACACAUGUUUAUAUCUAUUACUGGUGGGUGCAAGUCAGCAAAAAGAAUGGCUUUUAUAGGAAAUUUGAUAUUGAGAAGAUUGAAAACAUAUCUUGGGUUCGAGCCUUAAAAAUUCUAGAUGACCACGUUACAUUAAAUGACAUUGAUGAUCGCACAACAUGGGUGACAAGUGAAAGAAAUUCUGGUUUGCGAUAUGAGGUAAUUAAAGAAUUUGGUAGGAUUAUAGACAAUGAAAAUUGUCAACUCUUGGAGGAUAAUUCUAUGCAUACACAGACCAUUGACAAUAGAGAUGAACAUGCAAUGACAUAA